UCUGUGCUCGCACAUUACCUUAGUGAUGAAUACGAUUGCAAGGUUUAACUUUAGUCUGAUGACAUCCAAUUGCAAGCGCUGCUCAUUAUAACUUGGCCACCCCACCUUAAAUUGGCCGAUGGCUUCCCCCACCUUUGAUUGGUACCAACUGCUCUACCAAACUCUUUCUAAUUAAACACGGCCUCACUACAGCCUCCCUAACAGCCCAUCCAACGAACACUUGGUCGGCCCCCUUAUAUAUCCACCAAAACCCUCUCCCACUUCUCCAUCGGAUCCCAUUCCCUCGCCUCGCCUCUUAACGAUGGUUUCGACUCACCUCCCCACCAGCCUGUGCAAGUACCUCGCCCUGUUCCUCUUCCUCCUCCUCCUCUUCCCCUUCCUUGUCGAUGCCCGCGCCCCAGGACGCAUGAAUGCAAUCGACCAGUGCUGGCGCCGCGACCCGAAGUGGGCGGCGAACCGGCAGCGACUCGCCGUUUGUUCCGUGGGAUUCUCCGGCAAGAUGAACCAGAACAGGGGCCGCGACUUGACGAUUUACCUCGUCAUCGAUCCCAGCGAUGAUCCGGUGAACCCUCGGCCUGGGACAUUGCGGUACGGCGCUACGCUGCUCCCGGGGAAGGUGUGGAUCACGUUCAGCAGGGACAUGCAGAUCAAGCUCGUCCGACCUCUCGUCGUGAAGAGCUUCACCACUAUUGACGGCCGCGGCGCCGACGUCCACAUCGCCUACGGCGCCGGCUUCUUGCUUUACGAGGUAGAGAGUGUAAUCAUCCACGGGCUGCAGUUCCACCACAUCCGCUCCAAACCCCCGGGACCGGUCAUGGAACCGGAGGGAGAGCUCACGCACAUGGCAGGCGUGGACGGCGACGCCAUCAGACUCGUCGCCACCUCGAAGGUCUGGAUCGAUCACAACACACUGUAUGCAUGCGAGGACGGGCUCCUCGACGUGACCCGCGGUUCCACGGGGAUCACCGUCUCCAACAACUGGUUCAGGGACCAUGACAAGGUGAUGCUCCUGGGACACGACGACGACUACCUCGAGGACAGGCGGAUGAGCGUGACCGUCGCGUUCAACCGCUUCGGUCCCAACUGCCAACAGCGCAUGCCGAGGAUAAGGCACGGGUAUGCACACCUGGCGAACAAUCUGUACGACGGGUGGGGGGAGUACGCCAUCGGCGGCACCAUGAAUCCUAGCGUUAGGAGCGAAGGGAACCUGUUCAUAGCAUCGGGCUCAAGCAAUAAGAAGGUCACGCUGCGAAUGGUCGGGGAAGGCGGAGGCACUUCCUGGAAUUGGCAAUCGGUGAAUGAUGCCUUCCUCAAUGGAGCUUUCUUCCGGCAGGCAGGAUCACCUGUGGCCGCUCCGAGGUACAAUAGGCGCCAGGUGUUCCCUGUAGCGAGGCCCGACGACGUGAGGUCAUUGACGAGCAAUGCCGGGGCUCUCCGCUGCCGCACCGGACGCAGAUGCUAACUGAAGCCCUCGGAAUGCAUCAGGAUACGAGCUGCUUCUAAGAGGAAGAGCGCAUCGAUAGAGGAUCAUCGAGUGACUCGAUGUAUAUAUCAUGUGCAACCUCCAAAUGCUCGAAGCAUGAAAUCUAGAGGCUAUUCGAGUACCUUCUUAAUUUUCA